GAACCGCAAACAGGUCAACCAUCGAAACGGAGCGGCGAUGCUCUGGGCUUCCCAUAGACUCAGGAGAAGAGGAGAAAGACAAUCUGGAAGACUGGAACUGAACUCUGGAGCCUAGACUCUGUUUAGGGUUUUCUGUCCGUGGCUUAUCAUGACCAAGAACAAUUCCACUCCCUCUUCCGUUCCAGUCGUGAAGCAGGAAAUAGAUCCUGCCCCAACACAAAUUCAAUCCCUGAAGCAGGAAAAAGAAGACGAGCCCAUGGGAACAUCAUCACCGCUCGAGACCCAACAAGCAGGGCCAUUAGCGCUAGUACCAGCACCAACACGAAUGCCAACUCCAGCAGCCGCAGCAGCGACCAAUAAUGAAAAACAAGAAAACCCUUCUUUUCUGGAGUCGAUAAAUGAGCUCCGCGUUCUCUCGUCCACUCUAACCACCUUCAAGCGCCGCUGGGAUGACUUGCAGAAACAUCUCGAUUCCAUCCAAACGGCAAUUGAUGCCAGGUUCAAACAGCUCGGCAUCGAUAACACCCCCCAACUUCAUCAGCAACAACCGCAACAAGUCGUUGCUCCUGCAACAGACGCUCGUGCUUCUGAAUCGCUGGCUCCCGACUCUGCCAACUCGCCGGUGGGAGAUAAGACACAAGAUUCCUCGCCAAGUGACGGGACGUCGAAGAACUCAGGCUCGGAGCUCGAGUCCCUUUGUUCCACGGGAAACCGGGGUUUGCGCAAAUAUAUUGCGUCUCAUCUAGCCGAUAUUGCCAAACUCCGUGAAGAAGCUCCUGCGGCGCUUAAGCGUGCGGCGAACCCGGCCAAACUUGUAUUGGACUGCAUUGGACGGUUUUAUCUCCAGGGAAGCAAAGCUUACACCAAAGAUUCGCCUAUGGUUCCAGCGCGGCAGGCGUCGGUGUUUCUCUUGGAGUUCUUUCUCGUUGCGGGAUGUUCAGAGAACGAGAUCGAGGAAUCGGUCAAGAAUGAAGCCGAGACAGCGGCAAUUGCUUGGAGAAAGAGGCUCGUCAAUGAGGGUGGUGUAGCGAAUGCCAACAGCAUUGAUGCCCGAGGGUUGCUUCUUUUUAUUGGAUCAUUUGGUGUUCCAUCUGUAUUUGGAAAUGAUGAUCUAAGUGAUCUGAUUCGGCUAAGUAAUCCAAAAGAGAUUGCAGGCGCCCUUCGUCGGUCUCAUUUCCUCCUUGAAAGGGUUCCAGAUAUAAUCAAGACGAUGGUGAAGAACAAAAUGUAUGUUGAAGCUGUUGAGGUUACAUGGGUAUUUGCUGUUGAAGAGAAGUUCCCUCCUCAGACAAUGCUGACAUCAUUUUUACGUGAUUCCAAAGAAUCCUGGAAAAAAACAAGGAGAGAAGCACAGGGUUCACCGCUGCAACUGAAAGAGGCAAAUGAAAAGCAACUUGCUUUCCUGAAAUCCAUAACCAAGCUGAUGGAGGAUCACCAGAUCGACCCCAUGAAGUUUCUUCCAGGAUGGAAUAUCAAUAACAAAAUUGCUAAACUGGAGAAGGAGAACGCAUCAUUUGACAAGAAAAUUAAGGAAAGAGCAAUUUCAAAGAGAAAAGCUGAUGAGGUUGAACCCGCAAAGAAAUUGAAAACCCAUGACGUGAAACGUCCUCGGCCUACUUCCACUUUAUCACUCCAGGCACAUCUCAUGACCAUGCAAUCACAGGAACAUGGCACUGUUGGCCUUGCUCAUGACAAAGUUUUGUUUGAUGGAUUAACAGGUAGAAAUGUUUUCAGCAGUGGAUUCCCCAGCAUGCUGGGUGGCAACUCUGGGGUUCCUGUCAUGAUUAAUGAUGGAUCACCAGGUGUAAGUGGUGUCGUUACUGCACAUAUGAUGGGCAAUAUAGCAGGUAGAGGCAAUGGGCUUGCAACUGGCACUGGAGCAGGAAGUAGUCUACCGUCAUCAGUUCCAUUUGCUGGAGUUGGUGGUUCUGGACAGACGAGUGAUAGGGUAGAACAGAUGAUGAGCAGUGGUUUCAGGCCAUAUGGAUGGUAUGGGGAUGGGACCUUCAAUGGAAACUCAGUGGCACAAAGCUUUACCGGACUGCCUGCAUCGAGGGAGAGAAGUUUGUUGGGGCCAUAUGUGGAGCCUGGCUUCUUAGGGCUCCAAAAAGCAACGACCCAACCUCUUGGGAACCAGAAGUCAGGCUCUGAUAUUUAUCAGUUUGCUGAUGCAGUUUUGGAACGUGAAUCGUAUCAUAUCGGUGGCCCUCGCUCUAACAAUACCAUGCCUCCUGCGGACCCUGGGCGCUUGUUUCUCAAGAACAAUUGGCGCAUGACUCCAGAAUGCUGAACGCGUCACCGGAUAUGGGUUUCUGAUUCAUCACCCCCAUCCCCACCUUCAACACCCAACUCAAAUGAUGUUACAAAUAAAAAAAAUACCCUAUGUAACAGACCAAAAUUUAUAGGUUUGCUGUAGUUAUUAGGUACUUGUUUUGUUCUGUUGGGCACAAAAUCUAACUAUUUAUGGACAUGAUAUGAUGAUGUGACUCCAAGCGGAUGACGGUUGGCACCAAAUGUAGGCUAUUCAAUGGUCUAUCUCUGGGGUCAUGGCAUCUGAUCCAGUUUCGUUUUCGCCGGAUUAAGAGAGUUAUAGCCAAUGUACGUGUGGUGUAGUAAUUUAACCAGGCCAAAGGUGCAGGGAAGGGGUACUCUGUAAUAGUUGAGUAGAGUGUUUGGAUUAGUUCUUAGAAGUUUGUGUUCUUUCUGGUUAAGAAAUCAAGCCCCUGUUUGGGUUUAUUUUCAGAAAUAA